AUGCGCAUUAAUGAUGAUAUUGAGAAAGAGAUUUUCCACACAUCCUAUGAGAACGUUGGACAUGUCGAAAAGUGGACCCGCACAUUUGGAAAGGGGUACUUGCUAUACAAAUUGGAUACUAAAGAUCAAUACAGUAUUCUACCAGUUGAUCCUUUGAGUAAACAUUACAAGGGUUUGCCUGUAUUGACAAGAAGCUUGCUUUCAGUAAUAGAGAUUCAGCCGGGACCUUUUGUAGACCGAGACACUGAUGAUUAUAAACAAACUGAAGAAUUGCAAAUACUGCACUGUGAUGCAGAGCUACGUUCUAUCUUGGCGUUAUAUUCACAUGUUACAACGAAUAAUUCUCAACAUUGGGCCGAAAGUUUUAUAACUGAAUUGGAAAAGGUGCAUAGUGAUAUGCAAAGAAGAUAUUCAAUUCACAUUCCUCAUUUAGUUCCUAGAUCAUUUUCAAAUGAAUUUGCUACAGCAAAAAAAAGAUUGUUUUUAUUGGAUUAUGAUGGUACAAUUGCAGCAUACGAAAGAUCACCGCCACAAGUACCGCCCUCAACACCAUCCGCUAAACUCAUUGAAGUUUUAACAAAACUUACAAGUAAUCCGCGUAAUUAUGUUUAUAUAAUGAGCGGAAGGACAGUAAAGAGAUUAGAGGAAGAUUUAGGUUCAAUACCUAAUUUGGAGAAUGGAGCUUUUUUGAAAUUAAUUGGUGAUAGAAGUAAAUGGGAAGAAUUGUUCUCUGAUAUAGAUAUGAGUUGGAAAGAACAAGUUAAUGAGAUUUUUGAGUAUUAUCAUGAAAGAACUCCUGGUACACUUAUCGAACAAAAGGAAGUUUCAUUGGUUUGGCAUUAUAGAAAUGUUGAUAAUUUAUCAUAUGGUGCAUGGCAAGCAGCUGAAUGUCAAAAUCAUAUUCAAGUUUCUUUAGGCUUAAUAUAUAUGAUUCAUGCUAUCGCAGGAAAUAAAACUAUAGAGGUUAUGCCAAAAGAUGUUAAUAAGGGUGUUGCCAUAGCGCGUAUUCUUGAAAAUUUAACGCCAGAUUUCAUUUUGUGCAUAGGAGAUGACAGAACAGAUGAAGAUAUGUUUGAUUAUUUAAAUAGAUUAACAAACAUUAAAACAGUGAUAACAUGUACAGUAGGAUCUAAAAGCACCGAAGCAAACUUCUUUAUUGGUGGCGUGUCAAGUGUAUUGAGUUGUUUAGAAAUGUUGACUACGGAAGAAUUUAAUAUUAUUUAG